AUGAGCUCCUUCGCGCUCGCCGAGCAUCCAUCGGCCUUGGCCGAACAUCCAACCGGCGAAUAUCUCCUUCCAUCGCAACAGCAAGAGCUCAUAAUUCGAAAUUGGGGGCUGUGUUCUCCAAGCCUGAACCGCGCGCGCCAUCUCGAGGCAUACCUGUUGUACUACGAGAAUGAGGCAAUCGAGGCACGCCAUAUAGGCGGCAGAGACAAUAUAUCUCGAUGGCAUGGUAACAUACAGUACUUCUUGGAAGCCAUCAAAAGGAACCCGACCAUUCCCCGACGCAACCUUAGGGCAGCAUUGAGGUCUAUGUGCUCCGAUAAAGUAACAUUCCAGACAGGCUCCGCAGACGACAGCUCCGCAGACGACACGGGUGGAAAUGUGAAUUUGCCAUUCAAUACACCCUUGGCACUCAGCACAACUGAGGUGGAUGACAAGACCUUGGACGCCGCUAUUGCUGUUUCCGUCAAAAUUCUGUUCGCGGUUCAUGUGAACCCCGGCCCACCUACGGGGGGAGUCACGGUCGGUAAUUGGGAGACCUUCUGGGAAGACUCGCGAUCGCUCGAGGCCUUCAUAGCCGAGACUUUCCCCAGCAGUGACUACUCAGACGAAACGAACUGUCAAAUCAUACCAGCUAGAAUAAGAGCCAGAUAUCUCGAGAACAACGCAGACGUCAGGAUAGAAUGGACACACCACUUGCCUGACCAUUUGAAGUUGGACAUCGGUUUCAAUAGCAAGGUCCUGAGCAUAUUCGAAUUGGCGUCACUUCUGGAAGUCAUGUACGAAGCGAUUGAAGGUCACCCAUAUGACCAAUCAAUGGCGGACAGCGUCAAGCACGGCCGAUAUAGCCUAGCAUUCCUCCACGAGACUCUAGAAACCAUCCGGCUCAUGUUUCUGGCCUAG